CCGCUCGAUUUAUUUCAUAAAGGAAUUUGAACGUAGUGUCGUAGUAGUGAAUAAAUAUCGAUAAUAAUAAUAAUAAAAAAGUUUAUUUGCGAUAGGAUGGACAUUAAUAAAGAAAUUUUGAUUUCAAAAGUAUUUAUUAAUAGCGUGAUAUGGGAUAAACGAUUGAAAGGCCAUGCAAAUCGUAACAUGGUGGACAAGGCAUGGCAGAGUAUAGCUGCCGAAAUGGGUUUAGAGAACGACGGAGUACUACGGAAGAAGUGGAAGUACCUUAGAGACCAAUUUGCGGUAGAAGUGGGAAAAUUACCUCCUCCUCGUUCAGGUGAUUCUGGUGAUCGUCCUGAAUCUAAGUGGCCUUACUUCAAGUCACUUAUGUUUUUAUUAGGAAUAGUGAAAGCAAGAACUUCUGCUAGCAAUUUAAAAAAACCCGAAAAUGAAAACGAAGACUUGGUGUCUCAUUAUGUUAGCAAGGAAACGGAUUCACAACAAGAUGUUCAAGAAAUAGAUAAUCAAGUUUCUGAUGAUCAACGUCAGCAAGCACAGAUGAAUUCCCCAUCUUCAGAUGUAUUCUCGCGAAAAAGGAAAAGAAAUAAUGCGAAUAAAAAUUAUAAUCAGGAAAUGUUAGACCUCGAGACAAAAAAGGCUUCCCUACUAGAACGUGUGAUUAAUGAUAGAGGAUCAGACGAUGAAGAUGCAUUGUUUUUUAGAAGUCUUUUGCCUCAUGUUAGCAAGAUACCGCAGCACUUGAAAAUGAGAUUCAGAUCUCGAGUUCAAAUGAUAGUUGACGAGUUUGCCUAUGCAUCACAUGGUACAAUGCAGUCUAGCCACUCAAAUUCGCAGUCAGCACCAUCUUUUGUUCAGCAAUAUAGUGCAGAAUAUAUUUUAAGCCCUGAUGCUGAAUCAUCAACCUCUGGACCAUCCUCUCUACCUUCAUCAUGUGUGUUCGCAGAACUUUCUUGAGGAUAUAUAUUUAAUUAUAUUAUUAUUUGCCGAAAAUUUUUUAUGUUACUUAUAUUUUUGUAUAUUUUUAUUUU